AUGGGCAAAAUGGAUCCAGCCAAAUUGCGGAAUUUCAGGGUUGGUAGGGCUUUUAGAGCUAUGGGAAUCGCAACGAUUGUGUCUACUGCGGUGACGGGAGUCGUCGUAUACAUGUAUAAUAAGAAAGAGAUUGCAACUGCCAGGAAAUUCUACCAGUCUUACGAUCCUCAGUUGGAAUGGAAUGUUUUAUUAAAUUCUGGAAUAUUAAAAACUGUCAAUAAAGAUGGAAGUCUUGUCGAUCUGCAAGACUAA